GGUGGAGGCCGCGCCCGUAGGGGAGGAGUCGGGGCUGGCCCAGCGCUGGCCUCCGCCGGGCUCCACGAGCACCCCCUCCCCGGGACCGGCCUGGCUCUUUGCCGCCAGCCGGGACUUGAGCCCCUUUUCUGACUGCCCUCUCCGCGAGCAAACGCCAGCCCCGUGACGUCACAGCCCUGCCCAUCCCUCAGCUUGAUGUCACCCGAGCCCCCUCCCCUCUCACCCUGCGCUUCCUUAGUGUCGUAGUCACUAGGUCCACGGCUGAGCGCUGGCGCCACAUCCCGGAGCCGGCCGAGACCAGUUCUUGCAGGGAAACUCCUGGACUUGUGGUGAACUCCAGGGUGUUGGGGACCGUGGUAAUCACCGCCCCCCCCCCCAAGUCUAAGCUCGCCUUCCCACCUCCUGUCAGCUGUUGCCCUUGUCCAGCUUUCAGGCUUGGCGUUGCGAACUCCAACCUUAGAUCGGACUCUGAUCCCCAUAGGCGUCUCAUCUUGAGAACCCAGCAGUGAUGUGGAGGUCGAGACUCACGGGAGCCCCGGACUUCACCUGAGCUACCUCAGGUAUUAAUUCUGGAUAAUUGGUCACCACGAGUGGCAAGAAAAGGAAGAAGACCCUGAGUUGGGGGGGACCAGGAUGCCUGAUCGGGACAACUAUGCCAAUGGCACUGGGACCAGCGGUGGAGGCCCCGGAGGUGGUGGCAAUGAGGAGGCCAGUGGGGCAGGGACAGGCAGUGGGGGAGCCACCUCAGAUGCCAUCUGUAGAGACUUCCUGAGGAACGUGUGCAAGCGAGGCAAGCGUUGCCGAUACCGCCACCCAGACAUGAGUGAGGUGUCCAACUUGGGGAUAAGCAAAAACGAAUUUAUCUUCUGCCAUGACUUCCAAAACAAGGAGUGUAGCCGGCCAAACUGCCGUUUCAUCCAUGGCUCCAAAGAGGACGAGGAUGGCUAUAAGAAGACAGGAGAGCUCCCACCUCGGCUGAGGCAGAAGGUGGCAGCUGGGCUGGGUCUUUCGCCCGCUGACCUACCCAAUGGUAAGGAGGAGGUCCCCAUCUGCCGUGACUUCCUCAAAGGGGACUGUCAGAGAGGAACCAAGUGCAAGUUCCGUCACCUGCAAAGGGAUUUUGAAUUUGAUGCUCGAGGUGGUACUGGAGGUGGAGGCUCCACAGGCUCGGUUCCCCCAGGACGACGCCAUGAUCUCUAUGAUAUCUACGACCUUCCUGAAAGAGGCUUGGAGGACCACGAGCCAGGCCCUAAGCGCCGGAGAGGUGGCUGCUGCCCUCCUGACGGCCCCCAUUUUGAGUCCUAUGAGUAUAACCUGGCUCCGCCCCGUGGAGUAGAGUGUAGACUGCUAGAGGAGGAAAACGCCAUGCUCAGGAAGCGUGUAGAGGAGCUAAAGAAACAAGUCAGCAACCUCCUGGCCACCAAUGAGGUACUUCUGGAACAAAAUGCCCAAUUCCGAAACCAGGCCAAGGUCAUGACCCUGAGCUCCACGGCACCAGCAACUGAGCAAACACUGGCCCCCACUGUGGGCACUGUGGCCACCUUUAACCAUGGCAUUGCCCAGACGCACACGACUCUGAGCAGCCAGGCUCUCCAGCCGCGGCCUGUGUCCCAGCAAGAACUUGUGGCUCCUGCUGGAGCUCCAGCUGCUCCCCCCACUAACGCUGCACCUCCUGCUGCUCCGCCACCCCCACCUCCACACUUGAACCCAGAGAUCACACCACUGUCAGCCGCUUUGGCUCAGACCAUUGCCCAGGGGAUGGCCCCCCCACCUGUGUCCAUGGCCCCCGUGGCUGUAUCGGUGGCCCCUGUGGCCCCUGUGGCUGUGUCCAUGGCGCAGCCCUUGGCAGGGAUCACAAUGAGCCACACGACUACUCCUAUGGUGACUUACCCCAUUGCCUCCCAGAGCAUGCGCAUCACAGCCAUGCCACACUGACAGGACGGUUGGACUCUGCUCCCUGUCACAGCAUCUGAGGGCUGGGGCCUCGAAGAAACCAGGACAAGAGACUGCACGGAAUGCACUUCCUAGGAGCAUCUCCUGAGGCGGGUUGUGCUGGGUGUUGUCUGCACUCGAGAGGCCCUCUUCUCCUUUAGGCCUCACUCACACAGAGGCUUGCUUGGCGUUGAGACUGAAGCCAGCAGAAAGGACUGAGGAACUGUUUUCUCAUGGGAAGUUGGGGUGUCCCUGGUCGUGUCCUCACUUGUGUACAGCACAGGUUCUGGCACUGGUGUGUGAGAGAGAAGUUCUCUACCAAGGGGGAGAGCCAGGAAAGAUGGGCAAAGCGGGUGGUCAGGAGAGACCACAUAGGAGCCUUCAGAUGAUUUGGGGCCCAGCUUAACCCUGGGCCCCUGGGAAGGCUGGGACCAUAGUACUCCAACCCAGACCAGGGGAACAUUCGCUUACCUAGCUCGGCCUGGAAAUGUGUAGGGCAGUGCCCACUACCUUCCAAAGAAAUAAAAGAACAUUAUUUUUUAACAAAGGAAGUGAGCAUUGCUUAGAUGACUGUUGCAGAAGCU